AUGCCAACUACGGCGCAGGCGAACGAGCCCAAGCAGCGUAAGGUGACUCCUCCGUCGCCUUCCUACAUGACAGAUGAUCAGUUUGCUACCUACCUCGCGGGUUUACGGUCAAAUCGAGUGGCAAGACCUGGAGGUGCACGACCUCAACCAGCUGGUGCACGUCCAGUACCCAGCCGUUCAAGUUUAAAUCGCAAUAGCACGGGCCGAUUCACACCUGAUGUCGCUUCUCUCCCAGAUAACAUGCCGCAUACUCUUGAUCGCAAAGAGUCGAUGAGCCCCAGCACCGCCGGUGGCAGUGUCGCCUCUCGGUUAUCUAUGAUCAGCAGAAAGAGUCCCGACUAUUAUUCAACAUCCCCAGCAAACCCUUUGAGACCCUCCGAUGUCGUUCCUUCAGCCACCUACAUGGAGCGAGGCCAAAGAUGGAUGGAGAAGGAGGAAGCAAGCUCAUUGCGUGACGCUAUGGAGGAAAUGGACAUAAGAAAGGGUUCGAAAUCGCCUGUUCAGGAGACACCAGAUGACGAUACUCGACUAUAUAAUGCUGCUCUCGAUGAAGCUGCCGAGCUUGUCUGGCAACACCAACAUGGUACACCACCUCCCCGUCCCGAUGGGCCCUACCGCUAUAAGCCACACCUUCGAAAGAAUAGCUACGCCCAUGCUCGUACUGCUAGCAUUGGUCCAUCCGAGAGCAAUUUUUCGGAAGGAGAGGGCGAGACUGGGGGCAGCGUGCGUGACAGCCGUUGCGAUCUAGAACAGAGAGAACCAGUGGAACGGUCGGCCAGCAAAAGCAAAACUUACGGCAACAUUGGCCGCAGAACACCUGAGCAGCGUCGUCACAGCCUGAAGAGGAACAUUAGCGGAGAGGUCGGUCGACCCUUUUCUGAGGACCAGAUCUGGGAAGAGCCUGAAUCUACGGUGUCUCAAGACAUAAGCUUCUCCGGUCGGGCAUCUCCAGAAAAGCUCAACCGAAUUCAGACCUCGGCGAAUCGUGUCCGGUUCGAGGCACCUCAAGAAGAGGCCGAAAAGCCCAAGCCUUUGGAGCGGGUUGAAAUAUACCGCAACCCUCCGACGCGGUCGCGUAACCCGCUAUACACCAGCAACCACUCGAGUGAGGCCAUUGUCCCUGUUGAAGACAAAGUGGAGAGGAAGAACGGCAUGGAAGUCAGAAGCAAUGACAUCCGUGCGGCUACAAGCAUGCGUUUGAAAGAUCGCAGCCCCAAACUACCGGAACCCACCGCCGUCAGUGACAGUCCGGGACGGCCCAUUGUAAGCUUUGACGCCAACUGGCAAGCCCCGGACCAGUCCACUGAUACCACCCCAGACCGGGCGCUCCCGGCAGCCCCCAGCAGAUCCUCGUCCUCGUUCGCCCAGCCUGAGAAACCCAUGGCGAUACCUAGUAUCGUUGUGGCGGCGGAAAGUACGCCGAUGCCGCGAGCGUCGACGGCAGCGCAGAUCCCGUCUAUUUGCGUAGAUGAGACGCAGAGUAAUCCUCGAGCCUCGGUGCCUUCAAUCAACACCCCGAGCAUCGCUGUAGACGGCUCUCCUACCAACGGCGGAGGCAUUCCCGCCAUCGUUGCGCCUCAAAACGAAUCGACCUCACGGCCCCGCCCACUCCCUGAUCCAAGAACUGCUGCAGCAGGCCCUCGAACCGCACAGAAGCCUCGUGGGCAUUGGUCUCCAGCACCCGGCAGCACCAGGCGAGCUGUGACAAUCUGUCACGAAUGUGGCUAUCCUAUCGAAGGGCGGUUCGUGGCUCUUGGGGGCGGUAACGAACGAUUCCAUCCGCAGUGCUUUAGCUGUUAUACUUGUGGUACUAACCUACAGGCGAUGGAAAUCAGCCAUGAGCCCGACCAUCUCCGUCAAGAGCGACUUGAUCGUAUCAAACGCCGCGCGGCUGGUGAGACUCUUGAUGAGGAACCAGGCAAGACCAUGGCUGAAGACGGGGAUGAGCGUCUCCGGUUCUUUUGUCAUCUUGAUUGGCAUGAGCUGUUCGCCCCGCGCUGUAAGCACUGCCAAACCCCUAUUCUCGGUGAGCACAUCGUCGCUCUCGGUGCUCACUGGCACUACGGCCAUUUUUUCUGCGCCGAGUGUGGUGACCCGUUUGACCAUGGCAUGACGCACAUUGAGAAGGACGGGUAUGCAUGGUGUAUCAACUGCCAGACAAAGCGUACAGAGCGACGAGCACCAAAGUGCAGAAAGUGCCGUAUAGCUGUUAUUGGACAGUACAUUCAAGCCUUGGGCGGAGAAUGGCAUGAGCAUUGCUUCCGAUGCGCUGAGUGUCAGGGCAGUUUCGACGACGGUCAAAUCUUCACCAAGCAUGUGCCCGAGGGCACGAUUGUGCUCUGCACUGGCUGCCGAGCAAUGGAACUCAAAGCGUAA